UGAAAAACCAAAAAAAAAAAUUGACCACUCAUUUUUGUUGUUCUCUCUUCUUCACAACCAAAGAGAAGAAAACUCAUUUGCUAUAAUGGAGGAAGAGCAAAACAAAUCUCCUCUCCUCCAUUAUUGGGGAAAUACUCCAGAAGAAGAUUACUAUACUCUCCAAGGUAUCAAAUCUACUAAAUCUUUUUUCACUUCACCUAGAGGUUUAACCCUUUUCACAAGAUCAUGGUUACCCCCCACAAAAACCCCACCUAAAGGUAUCAUUUUUAUGGUCCAUGGCUAUGGAAAUGAUACCAGUUGGACAUUUCAAGCAACCCCAAUUCACUUAGCUAAAAAGGGUUUUGCUUGUUUUGCUCUGGACCUUGAAGGGCAUGGCCAAUCUCAAGGUCUUAAAGCUUAUGUACCUAAUCUUGAUUUAGUUAUUGAUGAUUGUUUGUCUUUUUUCAAUUUUGUUUUGACCCAAAAUCCUGAAUUUCAAGAUUUGCCUAAAUUCCUCUUUGGUGAGUCAAUGGGUGGUGCAAUUUGUCUUUUGAUUCAUUUUAUAAGACCUAAAGAGUUUAAUGGUGGGAUUUUGAUAGCCCCCAUGUGUAAAAUCUCUGAUAAAGUGAAACCCAUAUGGCCAGUUGCUCAGUUCUUGACAUUAGUUGCAAGAUUUGCACCAACUUUGGCUGUUGUACCAACAACUGAUUUGUUGGAAAAAUCUGUUAAAGUACCUGAAAAAAGGAUUAUUGGUGGGAGGAAUCCUAAUAGGUAUGUUGGAAAACCAAGAUUGGGUACUGUUCUUGAGCUUUUACGUGUGACUGAUUAUGUUAGUAGCAAACUAUGUGAUGUGAAUAUGCCAUUUUUGGUGUUACAUGGGAGUGCUGAUGUUGUUACUGAUCCAGAAGUGAGUAGGGAAUUGUAUAAAUUGGCGAAAAGUACAGACAAGACACUGAAAAUUUAUGAUGGUAUGAUGCAUUCUUUGUUGUUUGGAGAGACUGAUGAAAAUGUUGAGAUUGUUCGUGGUGAUAUAUUGGCAUGGUUGAAUGAUAGAUGCUGAGAAGGGGAGGAUCUAGAGGAGCUGAAUGGGUUCGUAUGAAUUCGUUGCUGGAAAAUCACAAUAUAUAUACAAGGUCAAAAGUACUUAUUAGAAUGAUGUAGGUUGAAUUAUCUCCAUCAAGUUAGUCGACUCAGUAGAAGAAUGAAAUAGAUGGGAUCUGAGAAGGAAGUGACAUCCAACUUGGGAAGCUCGAUACCACUAGUAAGAGGAGUGACCAAAGGACGAGAAACAAGCAUAGGUGGUUGUGAUCUAUGCUAAAUUCUUCUUCGAAGAAACAAAUGGAAAAGGGAGUGCUUGUAUUGUGAUUUUCAUAGUUGCAAGAAUUUUUUUUUUCUCAAGAAACAGCUCCCUCUUCAAAUAGAUUGAUAUAUCAUGGUUGCAUUUUUCCCAACAAAA